AAACUGGUAGGCCAGCCGCUUCCUCCUGGUUGCCAUGGAAAUGGCCAGGCUGCUGGCCUCAGAAAACGGAAAAGAACAGCAAGUGCAAGAGCACGCAUUCCACCCUGGCUUGCAGAUUAAACCAGCUGUCAAGCCAGGGUGAAGGACCAGUGGCCAGGCGGAGGCCUGCAGAGCGGAAAGGGAAGCCUCCACGGUCGAACUCCAAGAUGAUGUUUGUGGAAUGGAGCCAAAGGAAAGAAAAAUGUUCAGUCUCCUGUUACCCUCCUCAAACACAGAUCAGAACAGAUGUCCCCUGCUGCAGUCACUGCCUCAUUUUUGGCUCUUGCAGAGACCUCCAAACUGAUUAUGGACUGAAACCUCUACACACUGAGAUGUGAGCUUGUCUGAGAACGAAGCCCACCCAGGAGAGAGAAGAACUAAGAAAUGAGACAUCUCUGACAACCUCUUUUAAGGAGCUGUCUCAAGUCACUCGAAAUUCUUCCUUGAUUUUUCACACAUGGAUCAAACUCGGGACCUUGAGCUUGCAAGCUACCAUUCUUCUUUUUGAUCUUCUACCUCCAUAUCCAAACCUGUGCUAUGUUCAUUAUAUGUAUUGGCCACAAGAUUACAUUCAUCUAACACUAAUGCAUCAACAUCUGACGAGUAAUAGGUGAGUUGCAAUGAAUCGGCUCCUGAAGGAGAAGCAGGAACACACUGGGCCCCACAGGUGGGGAAUGGCACUGCCUUCCAUUCACUGCCUCCUUCUGAUGGGUGCACUGGGCAUCUUUGUACUGGACUGUUUCACCAAAGGUCAGAAGAACAGCACGCUAAUUUUCACGAAGGAAAACACCAUUCGGAACUGCAGCUGCUCUGCAGACAUCCGGGACUGUGACUACACUUUGGCCAACCUGAUGUGCAGCUGUAAAACUGUCCUGCCUUUUGCAGUGCAGCGAACCAGCUACAAUGGCCAUCUGACCAUCUGGUUCACAGACUCAUCAGUGCUGGGCCGCCUGUUGAACUUCACACUGGUUCAGGACCUGAAGCUUUCUCUGUGUAGUUCCAACACCCUCCCCACUGAGUACCUGGCUAUCUGUGGGCUGAAGAGGCUUCGCAUCAGUACAGAGGCCAAGUUCGCUUUCCAGGAGCAGAGCUUACUCAUCCAUAGUGGUGGGGACAGCGACUCCCAAGGGAUGGCCACGUGGUCACACAAAGGCUGGCAAACAUGUAUGUAUAUUUCAUUCUUAGAUGUGGCUCUUUUCAACAGGGACUCAUCCUUAAAAUCAUAUAGUAUUGAAAACAUUGUCAGCAUUGCCAAUGACUUGCCGGACUUUUCUUACUUUAAAGCCUUCCCAAUGCCAAACAACAAAAGCUAUGUUGUCACUGUCAUUUACUAAUAUUGUCACUGUGUCCCACAGCUGGGAACCUUGGCAAGAGACACACCAUUUAAAUGAGUAGUCUGGGAACAAGGCCAUCAGACAGGUAACCCUACUCCCAGCUCAGCCUCUGUCCCUAGCCCCCCAUUUGCAACCGAGCUAUUCCUACAAAUAGCUAGCUCUCUCUGCUCUACUCUAUGCUCAAUCUUGGGAGCUAUGUUGAAAAGGAAAGUAAAAAGAAACCCUAAACAAAGGAUUCGGUCUGGAGGCAUGUCUUGAGAAUCUGCUAGAGGCUAGAGCUUUGCAACCAGGAGCCUGUGAAGAGAUGUCAGUUCAGAAGUUGAAAAAGCUGGAGUUUGCAAGGUAUCUUCUUUCAAAAUAUAGCUGCCCCUUCUUAUACAUUCCAAGGCCCCCAGUGAAUGCCUGAAACAGCAGAUAGUACUAAACCCUACAUAUGCUGGGGGGGGGGGUUCCUACACUACCUAUGAUAAUGUUUAAUUUGUAAGUUAGGUAAACUGAGACUAAUAACAAUCAUUACUAAUAGAAUAAUUAUAAUAAUAUUUGUAAUAGAAGUUAUGCAAAUGUACUUUCUCUCUCUCAAAAUAUCUGUUUUUGUACUGUACUCACCCUUCUUAGAAUGAUCUGAGAUGAUACUUAUUAGAAGCACUUUAUGGUGGGACACCAUGAAAUUUAAAACUUAUAAAUUGUCUUUUUCUGAAAUUUUCUAUUUAAUAUUUUCAGGCAGUGGUUGACCACUAGUAACUAAAACUUUUUGGGGGGGGAAACUGUGGGUAAGGGGGGAAAUACUGCAAUGGUGUAACUUUUUCUGCUUCAUCUUGUGACAUUGUCUGGAAUUCCCCCAAGUCAGAAAUGAUAGAUUUCAGAGGUUAUGGGAAUUCCACAAAAUGACUAGGCUGUCUGAGAGUGAUAUCUUCCAAAUACCUUGCUAAGAAUAGGUGCACUGAGAAAAGGGAGUUUUGAGAUUAUGUUUAUGGAGGGUGGGAGGAAUUAGAACAGGCUGGGAUUGGGAGGGACCUUAGAACCAAAUGAAGGCACAAGGGUUCAGGAGAGAGGGGCGUGGAGGUGAUAAUCAGUUGAUGUAUCAAUUGCAUAUAUUGUAUCUCCAAAUUUUGCUUAGAGUGCUGCCUAACCCCAGGGAACAUUUUCUUCUAGUCCUUCUCUGUCAUUUCCUCCUCUUUCUUUGCAUCUCCUACCUUUAUGCUCACUAUCCUACUUCUUGUAUUUCUCUUCUCAUUUUCCUUUUCCUUCUGUUUCUUUUCUUCUUGCUCUAGAAAUUAAAAUUUAGAUUAAAAUCAGUAGAACUGUUAAACUACAUUAAGGACUAGCCUGGGAAUCUAAAAAUCACUUAUCAUAUUCUCACGGUAAAGGUGCUCAGGUGCUUAAUUUACUAACAAAUAAUUCAUUUUUUUGUAGUGCUGAGGACUGAACUUCAUGCAUGCUAGGCAUGGAUUCUAACACUGAGCUACAUUCCCAGGCCUUAGUAAACUUCUUUUUAGAAGAGAUAAUUAAUAAAGGAACUUCUUUUCUGGUACCAGGGAUCGAACUCACGACCUUGCGCUUGUGAGUCAGGCAUGGCGCCACUGAGCUAAAUCCCCAGCCCAAUAAAAGAACUUCUAGAGCUCAGUUAAGUUUAAGAUUGGAAAAUUAGGACACUUUAUAUGGCAUGGCUAACACAAAUGUGUUAUAAAAGAUGUUAUAAAAGAAACCAAAGCAAUACAGUUUUUUAAAAAUUGAAUUGGUUCAGCAUUGUACAAAGAAAAGAUCCCCUCAUAAAGACCCAACUUUCCAUUAUAGUGGGAUGACAAUUGUGGUACAAAUGUCUAACUCAGAAUGCAUUACUCCAUUCAUGAUAGCAUAAUGACAAAAAGUUUUACUAUGAAAUAACAGGAUGUCCCAGGUUGGUCACUUUCAUUAUACAUCACAUUCAUCACAUUUUACCUCUUAACCUUAACACAGGAUAAUUGAAAUAACCUAAAAUGUAUGCAUUUGCUUAAUUGGUGGGGGAUUUGGCCAUUCAGGCUAAUUAGCAUGAAUCCAUAAUGUCAGUGUUUAAAUUAGGUCAAACCAAAGACCAAAGUAUGAAUUUUAAUAGAAAACUGUAAUGACCUCAUUAUUGAUAUUGUACUUUAGAGGUAACAUUAAAGUUACAGUAAAAGACAAAGAAAGAGGAAAAGGGAGGAGAAAAAUGCAAGGAUGAUUCAAGUGAAAAAAUAAACAUAUAUUUACUAUCUGAAUUUCAAUGUUUUUAAAUUAAUAAUGUAUAAAAUUAAAUGAUGUUAGUAAUUAUGUGCAAUAUACAUAUAUCUAUAUCUAUCUUCCAUUUGGUAGUUUAGUAAUAGUGUCAAAGUCUUUUCACAAAUGUUUUGUGUGAUUCUUAUGACAAAUCAUUGUGGGUCAAUGAGAUUUAAACCAAUAAAAGAUGAAAGCUCAUUUAGUUAUAAAUCUAAUCUUGGGUUUCCAGAUCUGGAUUAAAAAUGUGGUUCGUAUUGUACUGUUAUAGGAUAAAUAAUAGAAAAUCCAGUGCACAGACAUGGAGAUCAAAGACAUCUGAACUCAGCUGCAGGGUGGGGACAUGGCAGGGAGUGAUGGGGUGGUGUAAACCAUGGUGUUCCUACAGGGUGCCCAGAGCAUCCUCAGUGGCUCAGCUCCAGCUGAGUGCUAAUGUGGGACAAGAGCAUAGGUCCAAAUUUGAUGCUUCAAGAGAAUUAGGAAUUCCUGCUUUUUAUGUGAAGCCUUGCAAUUUGCAAAUGUUGGCAUGCCCUUGUCUGUUUUCAAUAACAUCAUGUCAGUCAAAAAACUAUGCCAGUGAUCCCAUCUGGCCUGGGGCUGGUAGUUUGUCACCUCUGGUCAGAAGUGUGCUGGUUAAACUUAACUGUCAACUUGAUGGGGCUGAGACACACCUAUUAGAUUAGUGAGGCACACUUCUGGAAUGUCUAGGUGGCACAUAAUACUGUGUCUGGUCCCUGGCCCCUUCCUCUCUGUUUCUGUUUCCCUGCUCUGCUACCUAGCCACCUAUAAACUAAGCAUCUUUGCUCCACACACUCCUCCAUCAUGAUGAUCCUUCCUUGAAGCCAAAUGAUUAUGGACUGCAUUCUCUGACACCAUGAGCCAAAUAAAUCUCUCCUCCUUUAAGUUGUCGCUGUUGGGUAAUUUUCCCAGGCAUGAGUAAGUUACUACAGCUGGUAAAAGUUUAACCGCUGCCUCUUCAAAAAAAAGUAAAUAAAAUUUGCUGAUAUAAAGUAUAA